AUGGCUGAUCUAAAGUUUGAGAAAGUCCCGGCCACUAUGUGGGCAUGGAGAAAACACAGAGGGAAUCCAAAGCCAUCAUACGAACAGGUUCCCGUUCCUACUUUACCCUCCAAUGGCAUUCUCUGUAAAAUCCUAGCAUCGGGCGUCUGCAGAAGUGAUCAUUCGCUGCUGACCAUAGACAAACAAGCGUCUUGGUUCCAAGAGAAGUACAUCUUGGGACACGAAGGCUGCGGGCAAAUCAUCGACAUAGGCAGCGCAGUGCAGGAUAAUGGGUUUCAAGUGGGCGAUAUUGUGGCUCUCCAUGCUGUCCCUGGUUGUGGACAAGACGAUUGCCCUGAAUGUUCCCGGGAUUUGUCACAGUUGUGUGAGAGGGGACAUCACUCUGGCAUCGGCCAAGACGGCUUUUAUGCACCUUAUGCAGCGGUUGACAUACGAGCCGCAGUCAAGGUUCCUGCAGGCGUCACACCAGCGGAAGCAGCUGUUGCGACGGAUGCAGUCAACACUGCAUACCAUGCCAUCACUAGAAGAGGCGAAGUCAAGAAAGAUGAGAUGGUCUUCCUUUUUGGACUUGGCGGCCUCGGACUCAACGCUCUCCAGAUCCUCAUCCAUAUUGGAGCCAGGGUGAUUGUUUCGGAUAUUCGACAGGAACUGCUUGAUGAAGCACAGAAGCUUGGCAUCCCGUCUCGCGAUUUGGUUCCCAUUGGGACGCCUCCACAACAGUUCAUCGCAGAAAAUGACCUUUCAGGAAAGAUUGAUACGGUCCUGGACUUUGUCGGAACUCAUCAAACUUUUGAGGAUGCUCAGCAUAUUGUACGGCGGGGAGGUAAACUCCUUUGCAUUGGGAGUCUCGACACAGAAAACACAAUCCACAUGAAGAUCGGAACAAGAAAGCGACUUUCGUUUAUUUUCAGUUAUGGUGGUCAAGUGAAAGACCUUGAGCAGGUUCUUGACCUUAUUGCGGCUGGAUCUAUCAAACCUCAGGUCGAGACGCGAAAGCUGAAAGAGUUCGAUCAAGUCCUGCAAGAACUUUGUGAUGGAAAGAUACGGUCGCGGGUUGCUUUGCUGGGCGAGUGA